AUGUACUACUCUUCGUGUAACGAUUCCCAACUUUUAUCGUUUGUCGGCUUCCGCAAUGAACUUGCCAUGCUGUCUACGACGCGAGCUCUUCUUCAAAGCCGACUUCAAGCCAUCAAAUCAGUGGCUCUGGAUCGCCAAAAUGCAACAUGGUGGCAAAAGUUUGCAUUGAUGUACCGUGAUGGUCAAGAAGAUAUCUUGAAUUACACGCUCAGUGCCAUCGAAAACAUGAAACAGAGAACUAUUCACCGCAUGAUGCACGCGCUGAAUAAUAAUAUUCACCCGGAAAAGGCUCCAUUUAUCUCUAUUUUGAACCCAACCUACUGCCAAGCGGUCCUUGAGGAAGGAUCGUCUGAAACCAAUUCCUUGAUCACAUUGGACAACGUUGUGAUCACGUUGAAACAGAUGCUGGACAAAGACAAGGCUUUCAAAGACGCUGUUACCCAAGUGAUUGAUGAUGCGGAAGAGAACGAGGAUGUGCUUUUUAUGCUUGCUUUGAUUCGCGAACGAGCCAACCAUCACAGCCGAUGGAAGUUUUUCUUUGACUUGACCACUUCAAGUGAACAAUUUCAUGAUGAAGAAUCGCAAAUGGAAAUGCAAGAACUGCAUGCAUCCUUAUUUCCUGCCUUGACGGAAGAAUGUCCCGACAUCUUUCCCGCACACAUUUUUACCGUCGAUGCCCUCUUGUGGGCUGAUUUUAUUCUGAACAAUUAUUCUAUCGAUAAUCCACUGGCGAUUGUGCCACUCUAA